AUGCUUCAAUCACGUGGUAUUACCGAUUUACUUGCGGCUGAAAAAGAAGCUCAAGCUAUUAUUGAAGAUGCUCGAAAACGUAAAACUAAACGUCUAAAAGAAGCUCAAAAUGAAGCUAAAACUGAAAUUGAACAUUUCAAAGGAGAUCGUGAUCAACGUUAUAAAGGUUUAGAAGAACAACAAUUGGGUAAUAAAACACAGAUGACAGAAAAAUCAAAUGAAGAAACUCAAGUUAAAAUAGUUUCAUUAAAAGAUCUAUAUGAAACAACAAAAGAUAAUUUACUUGAACGUAUCCUAGAACUUGUCUGUGAUGUUAAGCCAGAAUCACAUGUCAAUGCUCGUCUUGGAUGA